AUGGAUUGUCUGUGCAUAAAUCAAAGGGAUGAAGAAGAACUAGCUUUUGAGAUAUCAAAAUUGAGGCAAUACUACAGAAGUGCUAAGGUAACUCUGAUACCGAUCCAAAAAGAAAUUGACAGGAAUAUAUCACUAAGUUCCUUACAGCCUAAAGGUGAUGGAAAAGCAGAGAUGGAAGAAGUUUUUUCUGCUGCAUUGGAUAUAAUAAAAAUGAUAGUCAGGUCAGAUUGGUUUCGUAGAACUUGGACUUUUCAAGAAGGGCUAUUAUCUCCCCAAACCGUCUUUAUGUUUGAUGAUUGCUUGGUUGAUGGAAGAUUUUUGGCCAUGGUUUGGUCGAUCAAACAAGCUUAUUACGAAGAAGGAUAUAAUCCAGAAGACGAAAUUUAUUUAAGCCUAUUUCAAGCCCUUAAAGCAAUAGAAAGACGGGAAAGAUUUAUAAUUGUAGAUGGUAUUUAUUCUGUGCUAGGGUUGUUAAGUUAUGGAAGUAAAGUAAGACCAAAAUACAAGGAAAAUAAUCACUACACAAAAAAAGAUUUUGUCGAAGAGCUGGUUAAUGUUAUGAAAAUAGCAGUAGAAAACGGUCAUGGUGAACCUUUAUCUUGA